CCUCCCCACACACUAAACCCACACUAUAAGCUCUCACAAAUCAUACACAUACUCUCGCGCAGCCAAACACCAUGAACAUCUCUUCCAUUCUCUUCUUCCUCUUCCUUCUUCCCUGUGCCUUUGCCGACCUCAGGGUUGGCUUCUACGCCAAUUCCUGCCCUUCUGCCGAGACCAUUGUCCGUCAGAUUGUGCAGAAGAGUUUUAAGAGCGACAGAUCCAUUACCGCCGCCCUCCUUCGCAUGCACUUCCAUGAUUGCUUUGUUCGAGGAUGUGACGCCUCCAUUCUAAUAGAUCCCAAGGGGGGAAAGGGAUCGGAGAAACAGGCGGGACCCAAUGCAUCGGUUCGAGGAUAUGAGGUGAUCGACGAGAUAAAGAGUGCCUUGGAAAAAGCUUGUCCUUCCACAGUUUCGUGUGCAGAUAUCAUAACACUGGCCACCAGGGACUCCGUGGCUCUGGCGGGAGGGCCCAGAUACAACGUUUCCACGGGGCGGCGAGAUGGCCUGGUGUCUAAUCCCAACGAAGUCAAUCUGCCCGGACCUUCCUUCUCGGUGUCACAGGCGCUCCAAUCGUAGAGACAAGGAUUGACGAUGAAUGAAAUGGUGACUCUUUUGGGAGCUCACACGGUGGGCUUCACCCACUGCAGCUUUGUUCAGGGCCGACUGUCCAGCUUCGGGUCCCGUGAUCCUGCCAUGGACUCUGCUUUGGAUUCUAAGCUGGGCAGAACGUGCGGGUCAUCGAGCAGGCCGGCGAGAAACGACCCUCGUGUGUUCUUGGACCAGAACACGUCCUUCGUUUUCGACAACGAGUACUAUAACCAGAUCAUGAAGAAGAGAGGAGUGCUUAAGAUCGAUCAGAACUUGGCUGACGAUGCAUCGUCCAGAGGCAUUGUUUCGGGUUUUGCGGCCAACGGGGGUAGCUUUAUGCAGAGUUUUGCGAAUGCCGUGGUCAAGAUGGGAAGCAUUGAUGUUUUGGUUGGAAACGCCGGAGAUAUCAGGAAGAAUUGCAGGGCUUUUAAUCAAUGAUUUCUGGAUUCGUUUUUUUCGGAGAGCGCCGUGGUUUAUUAAUUAUUAUUUUGAAUAUCGGAUUUUUAUUUGAGUAUGUAGUUAAUUUUAUAUAUUUGAUAUACUUUUGUUUUAUCAAAUCAGGUGAACUUUAAUGUAUUAAUAUUAAUAAUAUUAAUGAUAAGAAUUUAUUAUAA